AAGAGCUUCAGUCAGAGCAGUAGCCUGAAUUGCCAUCAUCGAACUCACACAGGGGAGAAACCUUAUAAAUGUAUGGAAUGUGGAAAGAGCUUCAAUCACAGCAGUAACCUGAGAUCCCAUCAACGAACUCACACAGAGGAGAAACCAUUUAAAUGCAUGGAAUGUGGAAAGAGUUUCACUCUAAGCUGUCACCUUAGCUCCCAUCAACGAACGCACACUGGGGAGAAACCAUUUAAAUGUAUGGAAUGUGAAAAAAGCUUCAGUGACAGGGGAUCAUAUACUAAACAUCAAAGAACUCACACAGGGGAGAAACGUUACAAAUGCAUAGAAUGUGGAAAGAGCUUCUGUCACAACAGUCACCUUAGUUCCCAUCAACGAACUCACACAGGGGACUUUAUUGAGAGCAGUAAACUGAGGUUACAUCAAAGAAGUCACACUGGGGAGAAACCAUAUAAAUGUAUGGAAUGUGGGAAGUCCUUCAUUAAUAGCAGUACCCUGAAUUCCCAUCAAAGAACUCACACUGGGGAGUAA